GAAACAACAUAGUUUUGAGAGCGCGGCAAAGGCAACUGCUUGGGCAGCAAGACAAUGGGAGUGAAGGGGCUCUGGGAACUUCUUGCCCCCGUCGGUCGUCGGGUCUCCGUCGAGACCCUUGCCGGGAAGAAGCUCGCCAUUGAUGCGAGCAUAUGGAUGGUUCAGUUUAUGAAGGCGAUGCGGGAUGAGAAGGGAGAAAUGGUUCACAAUGCUCAUUUGCUCGGAUUCUUUCGCCGAAUUUGCAAGCUCUUGUUCCUCCGGACUAAGCCUGUUUUUGUCUUUGAUGGCGGUACGCCUGUUCUCAAGCGACGGACUGUGAUUGCGCGUCGGAGACAGCGGGAAAACGCUCAGGCCAAAGUUCGAAAGACUGCAGAGAAAUUGCUUCUCAAUCAUUUAAAGGCAUUGAAACUGAAAGAACUUUCAGACAAUGUUAAGAAACAGAGGCUGAAGCAGAACAGCAAGGGCCAGAAGAAAUCAGCUCAGAUGGAUUUGCUUGGCCGUGAUUUAGGAAGAAACAAUCAAAAGGAGCAAGAUAAAAUAUCUGGAGCUGAGGUGGACAAGAAUCUGUCCCAGACUACUGCAUCAACAAGCUGUAAUCAGGAGGAUCUUGAUGCAAUGUUGGCAGCGUCCAUUGUUGCAGAGGAAGAUGGAUUAUUACACGGAAAAGCAGCAUCUGGUCUAGCUGGUCUCUCUGAAGAGGAAGGUGAUACAGAUCCAGAAAUAAUAGUGCCAGCGUUAGGUGCUGAAGUUGAUCUAUCUGUGUUAGCUGCUUUACCACAGUCAAUGCAACUUGAUAUUCUCUCUCAGCUUAAAGGGAAAAAAAUAGAAGGACUACUGAAGGAUUCUAACAACCAGAAACAAUGUGAAGUGAAUGACAAUGGUGAGGGGAUUCUGUCUCGUGAAAAUGACACAGUAGGAUGUAGCUCAAGUAGUGAUGGUAUGAUAGCAGAGAAACACAAUCGAGACAAAAUAGAUGAAAUGUUGGCUGCAUCUAUUUUGGCUGAGGAAAAUGAAAAGUUAGUAAACAAAGCAUCAACGUCUGGUGGGGCUUUCAUCUCUGAGGAAGAGGAGUACAUUAAUGAGGAAGAUGAAGAGAUGAUCUUGCCAGCAAUGCAUGGUAAUGUCGAUCCAGCUGUUCUAGCCUCUUUGCCUCCAUCAAUGCAACUCGACCUUCUUGGUCAGAUGAGAGAGCGACUAAUUGCAGAGAACAGACAGACGUAUCAGAAAGUCAAGAAGGAUCCUGCAAAAUUCUCGGAACUGCAAAUACAGGCUUAUCUUAAAACUGUUGCUUUUCGUCGGGAGAUAAAUGAAGUGCAGAAAGCUGCCGCAGGGGGAGCAGUUGGUGGUGUACGGACUUCUCGUAUUGCAUCUGAAGCCAACAGAGAGUACAUAUUUUCGACAUCUUUUACCGGUGAUAAGCAAGAACUUACUUCUACCAAAUUAGAGAAAAAUAAGGAUGCACAUCAGAAGACACUAGGAAACCAUUUUUCUCAGGCUUUUGUUAAUAACAGUGGUCCUGCCAAUGAUUCUUGUACCACAAGUGGAUUAGUUUGCAGUGAAGGUGGAAGUCCAUCUGAUGAGAAUAUCCAAACGUAUGUGGAUGAGAGGGGCCAAUUUCGUGUUAGUAGACUUAGAGCUAUGGGGAUGCGUAUGACCCGUGACAUACAAAGAAAUUUGGAUCUGAUGAAGGAGAUUGAGAUGGAAAGAACAGUUGCAAAUAAGGUAGAAAAUAAUAAUUCAAUUCUUAGUGGAAAGAAAAGUGUUGCAUCAAAAAGUUUUAACAACCUGCUUGUUGGUGGCCCGGACAGGUCAGAUGCUGACUUGGUUGGUGAUAAUUCUAGAAAUGAACACCCUGCAUCAGCAGGGGAUGCUUCUUUGGAAAUAUCCUUCAUGGAUGAUGGUGAUAACAAGGGCCUUGAUGAUGAUGAUUUAUUUACUAGUUUAGUAGCAGGAAAUUCAGUAGUAUUUUCCUCUGCUGACAAGACCUCAAUGAAAGAACAAGUUUCUGAUUCUAGUUCUGAUUGUGACUGGGAAGAAGGAAUUGUUGAAGGUAAAAGUGAUGUGAAUGAGGAAAUAAAACAAUCUGUUGUAAAAGAUAAUUAUAAUGACGAAUCUGAUGUAGAAUGGGAGGAUGGAGUUUGUGAUGGUGCUAAGACAACGACGUGUGCAGCUGAGGCACACAGAGCAACAUCUCGAGGUUGCUUGGAGGAGGAGGCUGAUUUACAGGAGGCAAUACGGAGAAGUCUUGAGGUCAUGGGGGACCACAAACUUAAUUGCACAUCAUCCAGUUUUGAACAUUCAAAUGCCGAUAGGGACAAAUCAGAUUAUGAAUUAAACCAAGAUGAUAAUUUGGUUGAUUCUGGAGUGAAGGGUAUUUGUGGCAAUUUUGGUGUGCUGAAUAGAGACAUCAGAAUGGGUGAGUCCACUUUGCAACGGGAAGAUAACACUAAACACAGUGAAUAUAAAAUUAUUGACAAUGACAAUAAGCUGGAUAACACAGUGAGAAGCAACAUACAAGUUUCCCAGUCUCCUCAGGGACAGUCAAAGCCAUCUGUGGCAUUUGAUUGCGAGAAGAUGGUGUCAUUUAUUAAGAAGCCUUGUUCAUUGGAGAUAGGACCACAUUCUGAAGAUUUACUGUACAAUGCAAAUGAAAGCAGGAGAAAUGUGAUUCACAAUGUUGCUGAGCAACUCGUGGGUACCUUAAAUGAACAUGGCAAUGUGUCUACCAAUGGCGACAAAUCUCCUGUAGCUGACUCCCUUGGUGCUUCAGAAGAGGAGAUAAAGAAUUGUAGCAAUGAAGCUGAACCUUUUGGUAAUUAUUCUGAGAUGCCUGAGCCUGUUGCUCCUUUUGUGGAUUCCUCCUUGGAAGGAUUAACAGAAGACCGUGACACUGAGCCAGAGUUGCCUAGAGAUGACAACUGUGGAAGCAUUGAUAAAAGGAAGAGUAAUGUCGGUAUAGAUGCAAUGGAGCCCCCAGGUUUUUUCUCUGCUGAAAACCUUGAAACUCACUCGGAGCUGCCUAGGGAGGAUAACCAUGGAAGCUUUGGAGAAAUCAAGAACAACCUUGUCAAAGAUGCAAUGGAAGCCCCAGGUCACUUGUUUGUAGAUGCGGUUGAUCGUGGUUUGGAGGAAGAAAUCCGAAUUCUUGGUCAAGAAUAUUCCAACCUAGAAUAUGAGCAGAGGAAGCUUGAACGCAAUGCAGAAUCUGUCAACAGUGAAUUAUUCACUGAAUGUCAGGAACUAUUGCAAAUGUUUGGCUUGCCAUAUAUUAUUGCUCCAAUGGAAGCAGAAGCACAAUGUGCUUAUUUGGAGCUUGCAAAACUGGUGGAUGGUGUUGUGACUGAUGACUCUGAUGUCUUUUUAUUCGGGGCACGUAGUGUCUACAAGAAUAUAUUUGAUGACCGCAAAUAUGUAGAGACAUACUUCAUGGAGGACAUUGAGAAGGAGCUUGGAUUGACCAGAGAAAAAUUAAUCCGCAUGGCUUUGCUUCUGGGAAGUGAUUAUACUGAGGGUGUAAGUGGAAUUGGAAUUGUAAAUGCUAUUGAGGUUGUAAAUGCAUUCCCUGAGGAAGAUGGCCUUCUGAAAUUCCGGCAGUGGGUUGAGUCACCUGAUCCCACCAUCUUUGGAAGGUUUGAAACAAAAAGAGGAUCCACCACCCGAAAGAAAGGGUCAAAAGUUGAAGAAAACGUUACUGGCACAAAUUGCAAUGUAGAAGAGACUAUGGUGGAUCAAAAUGUUUUCCAUGCUCAGGAACAAAAUGACUCAUCAGAUGACAUCCAAGAAAUCAAGCAGAUUUUUAUGAAUAAACAUAGAAAUGUGAGCAAGAAUUGGCACAUUCCUUCUUCUUUUCCAAGUGAAACAGUUAUAUCUGCCUAUUCUUGUCCUCAAGUGGACAAGUCAACGGAUCCAUUUGCUUGGGGAAAGCCAGAUCAUCUUGUUCUUCGCAAAUUGUGCUGGGAGAAGUUUGGCUGGACUAGUCAGAAAGCAGAUGAGUUGCUUUUACCUGUUUUAAAAGAAUAUAACAAGCAUGAGACUCAACUGCGAUUGGAAGCAUUUUAUAGUUUCAAUGAAAGAUUCGCAAAAAUUCGCAGUAAGCGAAUUAAGAAAGCAGUGAAAGGAAUCACUGGAAAUCACUCUUCAGAGUUGACAAAUGAAUCUGCGGAGAACUUGCUGUCAAAGAGUGGGAAGAAUGAUACAGGAAUUCCUGCUGAACUUGGGAUUAGCAUAUCAGAGACUUUUAAGGAAACAGGAGAAAGCGUUGCUGACAUGAAGCCAUUGAAUUUGAAACAGUCAAGGAAAAGGAAGAAUUCUCGUGAUACUGUUGCUAAGACACAGUCAAGGAAAAAGGGUAAAUUGAAUGCUCCUGCCACAGCUUCUGGUCUGACUGAGGUAGAUGUGCAGACAGGAGAAGAGCCAACUCAGCCAAGAGAUGGGGGUGGUUUGAGAAGUAGCAAAGGCAGAGGCAAAGGUGUGGGAGUUCAAAGAGGAAGGAGGAAGAGAAGUCUUGGUUUUGAUUCACGUAAAACUACAUCUAGUGAUAGUGACAGUGAUGACCAUGAGUCCGAAGUGCAUGGUAGAAACUCAAGAGGGACAGAAGAGGUGCGAAGGUCUAUGCGUUCUCGGAAGAUUGUCAACUAUUCCAUGGACAACGUUGAAAUUGAAGAUGCUGAUGCCUCAAUUGAUCUGAGCAACAAGACAGACUUGAACGAAGAGCCGAUAGAUGAAAUAUUUUCUGGGAUGCAUGGUGUUUGUGGCAAUGCUGACUCUGGUUUCAGCGGACACAAGGAAAACACAAUAAAUCUUUCUCCAAAGAAGGAUUUGUCUAGAAGCUAUCUGGAAUCAAGUGGGGGUUUCUGUACUGAUGGAGAAAAAACUAAUGCAGGAGCGAACAAUUUUGAUAGCUCUCGUGAUGCCGACUACUGUAAAGUGGGCGGUGGAUUUUGCCUCGAUGAGGAUGAGACAGGUAGCAAACAUAAUGAAAUUCACGACGACAACUACCUAAGAGAGGGAGGUGGAUUUUGCCUAGAUGAUGAUGAGACAGGUGGCAAAUGUAAUGAAAUUAAUGACAACUCGGCAACUAUGGUAGAGGAUAGUGCAGAGCUCACUCAUGGUUCUUCUGGUUUUGUGGAUGAGGCUGAAUGUGAUAAAAAUAUUACUUGUCAAUCAAGUUCAGCCGAUAAAGCAUCUGGAAUUGAACUGCAAGAUAGAGGAACAACUAAACACAAGAUUGAGAUGAAUCAUGACUGUAAUUAUGAUCAGUCUGAGUCUGACACUGGGGUUUUCAUGUCAGAGAAUGCUCAUGGCAAUACCGAGAACGCCACAGCAGCAUUCAGAGUCAUGUCGGAGAAUGCUCAUGGCAAUACCGAGAACGCCACAGCAGCAUUCAGAGCGAUGCCUUUUCUAAGAAAGAAAAGGAGGAAGAGCUGAGGCACCUCCGAAAGGGUAAUUUUGUGUUUGUAUAACCAUACUCUGCUCUCCAAGUUGUUUUCUAUUUUGUGUUGGUGAUUUGGCGGGUUGAAAACUAUCUUGCCUGCAGGAUUAAUCCCUUUUUGAGUGCCAUACACUCAGCCAGGAUUAGUGUGCCCUACAAGUAGUAUUUUGUACGACAUUUUAAGUGAGUCAUACUGGAUGUAAUAUAUAAACAGCGUGACUCAUUAUAAAUUAUCGUAUAUAAAUUUUAUGAA